AGCAACCCGGAACAAAUAAUCAUUAACAUCUCAGGACACCAACUGUCUGACAUGGAGGUAAGAGUUUUAUCUAAGGGGCUCACAUUUGUUCCGACCAACAGGGGACGUAUAUUUGAGACCAUGGUCGACAACUUUAAAUUCACACGUAGGCUCAGACUGAAAGAGCAUUUUGCAGCAUCAGACAAUAAGCAGUCACAGAUGGAAGGGAAUACUGGGCGUAACAAGUUCAAAUUGAAAGGCAAUUUUGAUCCCAUCACUAAUAAUGUUUCUCUCAAAGCCUUUACCAGGGUUAUCAAUGACCAGACACAAAAAGCAACGCAACAGGUCAAGUUUAGAGAUAACUUAUCCAAGGAUGAGAGAAAAGCACUGAAGGAUCUGUGCGAUAAUAAGGACAUUAUUAUUAAGUCUGCUGAUAAAGGCGGAGCAGUAGUUGUGUUGGACUAUGCUUAUUAUCGCCAGGAGAUUUUACAGCAAUUGUCUGAUGCCUCAUGUUAUCAACCAGUAAUGUUUGACCCCACCUCCAAAUUUCAAUUACAGUUAAAAAAACUUCUGGACAUGGCAGUGACGCACGGAUGGAUCCUGGAGGAAACGAGAGACUAUCUUUAUGUGGAACACCCGCACUGGCCUUUGGUCAGCACCGACCCUGACAUGUCGAAACUCGUGAACAAGAAGCUCCGUUUUGGCUUUAAACGCAAUAGAAACUUGAGGGAACUACUGACACCUGCAGACCCGGCUAAGAAGUAUGUACAAUCAACAGGAGGCAUUACGUUAAAACCUGGAGUUUUUAAAUGUAAUAACUGUGUGAUGUGCAACACAUUAAUACUUGGGGAUCAAUUUUUUAAUCCACACAGUGGGAAAGCGUACCACAUAAAACAUAGAUUAACCUGUCGAUCACAAAAUGUGAUAUAUAUCAUAAAAUGCCCGUGUGGCCUGCUUUACUGCGGCAAGACCAUGAGACAACUAAGGGACAGAAUUAGUAUGCAUAGGUCAACGAUACGGGCGGCAUUAGAUACUAACUAGGUGAAAGGUGAAACAGGACAUAUCCAAACAACCCAUUGCCCAACAUUGGUUUAAAGCGAAUCACCCCAUAUCUACAUUUAAAUGCAUGCCCAUUGAUAUGGUAAAAAGCCCACGGAGGGGUGGUGAUAUUGACCGGAUCUUACUACAAAAGGAAGCAUUCUGGACAUUUGAACUAGGGUGUGUUGCUCCAAAAGGGCUAAAUUCUACCCUCCAAUUAAAUAGUUUUUUGGAUAAGAGAUAGUCUUGAUGUGUAUUUGAAAAAAGAAAAUAGGAAACAAUAUAGCAAUCACUUUGCUCGUUCUAACCUCUGCUAGGACUUGAAACAUUGUCUAGAUACGUAUUAUAUGUUGCAAGCUAAUAGUUAAUAUGAAUAUUGGUUACAGAUGUAACAUAGCAACAGUUUUUGAUUUUUUUACUAACUAGACAUGGGUUAGAAGUACACAUGGUUUGUAAUAACCUGCAAGUGCCGUUACAAUAUGUUUUUAGAGAUUUUAAGCUUUUUUAGCCUAAUCACUAUUUGAGCACGCAGCACUUUAAUGCACUAGUGCUUUAGGCACAAUGUAUUUUAUUAAACUGGAAGUUGUUUUAAUCAUUGUUUUAAGAUGAUUCACUGCUGCUAUUUAUAAGGCCAUAAAGAGUUAACUUUGCACAAGCCAAUGCAGGCACAGUCACGUGAUGUGGGUGGAGGGUAUUUAAAUGGUUUUCUAUGUAUGUAAUAUCACCUUGAUAAAGGUCCCAAGAGGGACCGAAACGUCGGUUGUACAUACUAAUGUGACAAUACAAGUUUUUUUUCACUGCAAAGACCCCUGGUGCUGGUUUUUUGUUCGUUUUGUAUCAAUAUUCUACUCCGGGCACAGGGGCAGCUACGAGGUAGCUUUAACUGAAGGUGGGAGCUGUCCUGUUCUACAUGUAUAUAU